AUGGCCCCGGCGCAACCCAAGGCUAAGAAGACGGCGGCCACCAAGAAGCCCCUCUCUCACCCUCCCUUUGCCGUGAUGAUUACUGAGGCUAUUGCGAGUCUGAAGGAGAGAACUGGUUCCAGCCAAUAUGCGAUAACCAAAUUUAUAGAAGGAAAACACAAAGAAUUGCCUCCAACCUACAAGAAACUUGUCCUCCUUCAUCUCAAGAAAUCUGUUGCUGCUGGCAAGCUUGUGAAGGUUAAAAACUCCUUCAAGCUUGCACCCACUAAACCUGCCCCGGUUAAAGCCGCUACUGCUGCUCCUAAAAAGCCCAAGGCUGUCGCCAAGCCUGCUGCCAAGGCUGCUACCAAGCCCAAGCCUAAGCCUGCUCCUAAGAAGAAGGCUGUGGCUCCCAAGGCUAAGUCUGUCCCAGCAACUGCUAAGCCCAUGGCUAAGCCUGCCAAGCCAGCUGCUAAGAAGGUUGUUGCCAAACCUGCCAAGAAGACUCCCGUGAAGAAGCCUAAGACUGUUGUUAAGAAACCCAAGAGUGUGAAAUCGCCAGUGAAGAAGGCUAAGAAGUGA